UAAGCCCAACAGCUGCCUCUGAGCCGUGCUGUCCUCAUCCACCCAGCCGGCUAUAAAGAGGGCCGUGCCAGUGCCCCCCUGGACCCGGCUCUGAUUCCCAUUCUCCUGCAGGAGGAGGGAAGAGGCUCUGUUUCCACUCCUCCCACCCCAGUUGGUUGCCUGGUUGGGUUUAUUUGUAUUUCUUUGUUCCCCCUCUCUCCCGGCAACGUGCCCCGGGGUGGAUGAGCGUGAAGUCCUCCUCUGCCUUCCACUCCCAGCGGCACUUCCACCACAGCUCAUCCUCGGCCUCCCCGGUCCCCUUCCAGCAGCAGCGCAUGGAGAAAGCCCGCGGGAUAUUCGCCGAUGACUUCGGGAAGUUCAUGAGGCCGCGCACGGAGCCUCUGGGCUUCGCAGCCCGUCCAGGCAACGCGGGGAACAUUAAGACGCUGGGAGACACCUACCAGUUUGCCGUGGACGUCAGCGACUUCUCCCCCGAGGACAUCAUCGUCACCACGUCCAACAACCAGAUCGAGGUCCACGCGGAGAAGCUGGCGGCAGACGGGACCGUCAUGAACACCUUCACCCACAAGUGCCAGCUGCCCGAAGAUGUGGACCCCACUUCUGUCACCUCUGCCCUGGGCCCCGACGGCACCCUCACCAUCAAAGCCAGGCGGCACCCAGCCAAGCACACAGAGCACGUGCAACAGACCUUCCGGACUGAGAUCAAAAUCUGAGAGGCAGGGGCAGGGGCAGGGGCAGGGGCAAGGGCGGGAGGGAGCAGCCAGCCCGGGGCAUCCCUUUAAAGAGCAGCUGGGUUUUCACACCAAGCCCCAACAAAGCGAGUGGGCCAGACUCUGAUCUCAGUUACAAAAUCCUGGGGGCCAGAUCCUGAGCUGGGGUGAAUCAGUGAUUUCCCCAUUGCAUUUGACUGCAAGCGGUGGCGCAGCUUUGCUCCAGGUGAGGAUCUGGCCCGGGGCCAUCAUGGACCUCCCUGCUAUCACACCAGCAUCACUGAGAUCGGAGCUGGGCCCAGUGGGUCCUACAGAGGCAGCUGAGAGGAGAUUUUAGCCCGCACUAGGUAUUUGGAUGCUCAUAAGAUGCAAAACCCUCCUUGGCUAGUAGGUGGUGCAGGCUGCACCAUGUAGGAAAGGCCGUUUCCCGCAGGGAUGCUGUGAGCUCUCCAAACAGGCCUUUGCUGCUGUGAGGUUUUCAUAGUGACCCCGUACGGGGAGAUCCAGGCAGACGCACGUGCCGCGUCUGCAUAGUUGUGUUAGUCUUUGAUUCCUUUAAAAGCAGAAACUCGCUGGGCCUGAUCCAUACUGGCCCCCGCUGGAAGCCCCAUUGACUCCCAUGGAAUUAUUCCUGAUUUACCCCCACGCAGGAGGGAGAACCAGGAGCGCUGACUUCCAAGGAGGACUUGGUCCCGUAGGACGGACUCAUUGGUUUCAGCCAACGCCAGAGCUCCCUCAGAGGGAGACAGGAGCAAAAUCACUUCCAUGCAUAAAAGCUCUUGGCAUGUCCCAGGAGGUAUCAGCUGCUCUUUAAGGGGCAAUCCCAUGGGACCGGGAGGAUGGACAGGGCAAAUGGACAGGACAUCACCCUCCUUCAUUGCUGCUCAGGCCAGGUCUUUAGCCAGAGGGAGCCCAGUCCAGGUGGGUUGGCGCUGAGAUCACAACAGGGGCAGGGGUGCAGCAAUGCCCUGUGUCCAAAAAGCACUGAGCGCCACACUCGUCUGGCUGAGCCUCGGGGUAAAUCUAGCCCAGUAUGAACAUAGCGUAGACCCGGCCCUGCCUCCAACCCCCUUGGGAACCGAGCUCCAUCAAAACAUAAGCAGCUGUGGAAGCUGGCAGCUUAGCCAGAUCCACAAAGGGAAUGGGCACAGUCUUGAAAGAAAGGGGCAUCGGUCUCUAAUGAGCAGGGGAGAGAGGGGCACGGCCUCUGCAUCAGAACUGAAAUGCUGGAGGCUGCAAGGGAGAGAGGACAGGGGAAAAACCCUGCUCUGAUCCAGCUCACUCUCCCUCUCAGCCUCCGCUCUCUGACGCUGAGACCAGGCAAGGUCUGACCCAGUCCACAGCCGUCCUGAUGCUCUUUUCUUGCGUUCUUCUGAGUCUGUCCGUAACCCAUAGAGCAAGCGCUGGGAAAGGAUCAUUCCCCUCCAUGCAGUCCUACAUAGAGAGGCCCAUGCUCCUGCCACCUGACGGGGUAAAAGCAGGGGCAGAACCUGCCCUAGCAGCCAAGUCAUCCCCCGUCGUGGUGCAGGCAAGGUGAGGCUGACCCUAUCUGGAGGGGCAGACCCAGAGGCAGCAGCAGGCAGGAGGGCAAGCAAGUGAAUCUUUCACCCAUGCACAAGUUGAAGGAGGGCCCCGGGCUGAGCACAUAAGGCUCCAGCAGCUGCAGGGACGGGAGAAGGCAGGGGCUGCGUCUCCCGCUGCGGUUCUCUUUGUACAUAGCUCGUAUCUGGUUUGUUAUAAAUUAUUGAUCACCCCG